AUGAGCCAAAAGCUUUGUCAGUCUACUCUAUGUUAUGUUGAUCAACUGUGUCUUGAACAGAUUCUUAUAAUUGCAUACAUACCUAGUACAUUAUUCAUUAAAAUGUUAGGUUGGAUAAGCCAGGACACUGAGCCCACUGUACCUCUCUGGCGGCGCCCCAAUGGUGCCGGUCCAGGUGACAAAAUAAGUUUAGCAAGUUCAUGGCGAGCAAAGAAAAUGGAGAAUCCAACGACUGCUCCCGAGGCCAACAAAUCCAACGUGAAUGUGAAUUGUGUGCAGUGGCACCUGCAGCUGCUGCCUCGUCUGCGGGCGGAGAUGGAGCAGAUGGGCCUGUUGUCGCCGCUGCUCUGGGUGCCGGUCGACACCGUGGCCGAUGUCUGCUACGAAAAGAUGUUCGACAUGCUCUGCUUCGCCCCGACGGAUUGGGACGCCCUCAUCGGGUCCCUUGCCACCCUCACCCGCAACGUGUUCAUGUCGAAGUUGACGUACGGCGAGGCGAUCAAGUCUCUGCAGAUAUCCCGCGACUUAUUGAGCGGGUCGACUGAGCCCCUCGUGCAGAAAUACUGGACUCCCCUCAAGCACCUUGUGGACGUCACGUGGGUGCUUCUGAGCUGCCUGCACUUCGCCAGAAGCGUUGCGACCGUCCUCCCUGGGGUGCGCGGAGGGGUCGCCAGCACCAUCAACAUGACGCCGGAGGAGCAGAGCGCCCUGGCCGCCUCCAAGAGCGUCACCCUGCAGCUGUGCCACUAUGCGCAGUGGCCCAGCCUGCUGAACGAGCGGGGGCCCCUGUUCCUCGGGGCGCUGGAGGCGGCCGGGCUGGCCCUGAAGCUGCACCCGCUCGAGGGCGUGUGGGUCUCGCUGUACGCCCGCUGCCUGUCGUACCGCCACCCGGACAAGGCCGUGCUGAUGCACGGGGCCGUGCGGCUGUCCCGAACGCCGUUCACCGUCGUGGAGCUGGCUAAUGUGCUUGCGGUGUCGUCCAACUCCAAGGCGGUGGACCUCGCCGCCAAGCUCAUAACGUGUGCGGUAGAAGAGUGGCCGACAAACAUAUACGUCAACUCGUCGUACGUCACGCUUCUGCUCAACUCCAACUGCAGGAGCCUCUUGUCGCUGGAGACUGCGCAGGAGUGCCUGCGGCGCGCGCGCGUGCUGGCGCCCAACAGCCCCCUCCUGUCGGGCCACUACUGGAGUCUGCACGACAUCCAACGGACGGGGGGCUUUCUGUCGCCGAUCCUGGAGGAGGGCGACGAGGACGUCUUCGCGCAGGGCUUCGUCGGUUGGGACGCGGAGAAGGAGGCCAGGCUGCGGAGCAUCUCCGCCAAGCUCCCCGCCCCGCGGCCCGGCGGCGCGAGCAGGCCCAGACCCACGGGCCCCGGCUCCUCGGAGCAGCAGGAGGCCCAGCAGCAGCCCGGCGGCAGGCGCUACCAGCAGGCGCCCCGCAAGAACAGCUUCAGGAACGCGGCCUCCACGGGCAGCAACUCGAUCCAGCAGGAGCCGGCGCACACCCGCCGCGUCAAGCCGCGCCUGCACACCUCCGCCGUGGACCAGGGCUCCUCGCCGUCCACCAGCCUGUACAAGUUCAAGCUGAGCCGGCCCAACGGCCGGUGGCAGUACAAGACCACCCCCAAGCCCCGCAUCAACAUCCGCCGCCAGGACGGCGACGGCGUCACCCCCGCGCCGCAGAGCCUGCCCCAGCAGGAGAUCGGUACCAGCUUCUCCACCUCCGUGUCCAGCUCGUCGUCCUCGCCCAACGCUGUCAACCCCGAGCAGGGUGACAUUGAGCCGGCCGCAAGCAGCGACCCCGACGCGCCCGAGCAGGACGCGGCCGCGGAGGACGCCGUCGACCCGCAGCCUGCGCAGCCCCAGCAGGAGACCAUCAAGGUCUCCAUCUCCACCCCGGCCGACUUCAGGGACACCUACUACGAGGUCGCCACCAUCCGCUCGCCGUACACUUUCCAGGUUGGCCAGAACAAGAACACGCGCUUCAUCACCGUCACCUCCACCUUCGAACGCACCCUGGAGCCGACCACCACGGUGGAGGCCAUCCAGCCCACGCUGUCGCCUUCCGAGCCCUUGACGGAGAACAUUCUGGCAUCCACCACGGCCACCGCCUACGACAAGAGGCUCGCCCUGGAGGCCGCCACCCUGGACACGCUGCCCCCCAUCCAUCUGGCGUCCGACCAGGCCACCCCCCCACUGCUGACGGAGACGGAGACCUUCUCAACCACCCAGGUGCUCCUCAAGACCCACAUCCUACCCGUGGUGCGCGGCCCUCAGAACACCACCCUCUACACUCUCGUGCAGACCUACAGCGUUACCAGGCUCGUCACGGCCAUCAAGACUCUGCCGCCCAUGGAGGUGUACCAGUUCGUCCCGAGCAGGACGCUGACGGACCUCAACACCCGCCUGGACGAGGCCGGCUCGGAGCUGCACCUCGAGCUCGACUUCGGCGACGACGGAAACGGCGAGGACAACGACGACGACGAGAACCCCGCCGCCGUCAUGGCCAGGAUCGCCCCCGACCUCGACCUCGCCUCGCAAACGUCGGCCAGGAGUUCGACCCGUCCGACGUGGAUCGGCACCGGCCCAAGAAGGCUCACCACCGCUGCCUGGCGGGCGUGGCGUCCGGGCCCGGGCAGCUUUAGUGGUAACGGCUCUCCGUCGAAUGGUGUCCACGGCCAGGGCCCCACCGAGGCCCCCGGCACGACGCCGCCGCCCACCACCCCCAACCCCGCGCUCAGCAACGAGCAGCUGCAGCAGCUAGCCCUGCUCCGCUUCCUCAACCCUCAGGCCGCGGCCGCGCUCAACCCGCAGGUCAUCACCACCUCCAAGCCCGUGUUCAGGGUCGAGACGCUGUACGAGUCACACGUGAUCCCGGUGUUCAACGGCCUGGUGACGUCGCUGUCGACGCUGUCGCGGCCCGUGUCCACCGUGACGCGCACCGAGUACGAGCUAGCCACCUCCACGGCCCUGCCGCCGCCCCAGGCCCUGCAGCCCCAAGGCUUCCCCGCCUUCCCCCCGCUGCCUCAGGCCAACCAGUACCACGUGACCUCCAGCCCGCUCGUCACGCAGACCAUGGUCACCCAGACCGAGUCCAAGGUGCUCAAGCUGACGUUCGGCGCCAAGACGGCCUACACGACCCUGUUCUCGACGCGCGUCGUGCCGACCCUGCUCACCACGUACCUCACCGCCAACGUGCCCGUGCAGCCCACGGCCGCGCCGUUCCCCGGCUACUACCCGUCGCCCUGCCCCUCGUACCCGUACGUGGGCUAGGCCGCGGGCCAGGCCGGCGCCGGUCUGGUCAGCGCCACGACGGACUGCACCCGAAGAUGGUCUUUGUCACGGCCCCCCUCCCCCGGAGGGCUGAC